AUGUAUAGCAAGCAACAAGCACAGACGUACCAGUCCCAGUUAGACCGGCGGAGAGAAAUUCUUGACAGCACAGAGUUUAGUUUGAACUCACAAAUUGCACAGCUCGAAGCUAAACUUAACACCACUGCAGAGUCUCUGAAAAUACAGAACUCCAAGGUUGACAAGCUGAAAGGUUCUCUGGAAGAGGCGAUGGACUCGCACAAGAAGGCCAUGGACGACAAUGAACGCCUCCUCAACGACCUCAAGAAGGCAAACGCUCAGUGCAGGAAGCUUGAAGACUUGAAUGCUGAGCUGCAGGGGGAGUUGCGGGCUCGUGACGACUUCCUGCAGAUGUCAGAAGAAGACAGCCGGCAACAUGAGAAUAAUAUUGCUGUCCUUAACAAACAGAUACAGAAAAAAGAUGACAUCAUCAAGAGCCUGAGUGACACACGGUGCCAGACAGAGGAUGAGACGAUCACAACACUGCGGAAAACUGUGGACGAGGUCCAGGACCAAGCCAGGUUGAGUAAGCGUAAUGAAGACCUACUGGGACAGGAGAACAGACAGCUGCAGCAGGAACUGGGCAUUAAGAGAGAUGACUGCGAAAACAUGGAGAGAAAACUGCAUCAAAAGAGAAUUGUCCGAGACAUCAAAGACGUGAAACAGGAUGUGGCCAGACUAGAGGAGGAAGUGGCCACAGUGAAGUUACAGCUGUCAGCCGCCGAGGAGAAACUGUCGUCUAUCAACGUCCACCAUGAGGCGGAGCUGAUAACCAUCAAGGAACAACUAUCCAAGGUGAGCAAUGAGCUGGAAUCAAGCAGCACCAACCUGGGUGACGUUGGAGCCCGGGCUCGAGAUCUGGAGGAGCAGGUGACAGAUGGGCGAGGCGAGAUCAAGAAGAGGGAUGCAGAACUCAAGGUAGCAAAUGCCCAGAUCGAGGCAUUACGGCUUGAGAACCGUCACCUACGCCAGACCAUCAUCCAGCAGACUCAGGUGAAUCUCGACCAUACAGAGACAGAGACCCAGCUACGUGAGAUGCAGCAGACCUACCAGGCACAGAUCAAAUCACUAGAGAAAGAUAAUGUGAGCCUGCGUGAUGAGCUGGGUGUAAUGCGUCAAGAGGUGACGGCUCUGGAAGACCGCUUUGACCAUCAACUCCAGCGUACCAUACAUGAGGCAGAGAUGUCACACACUGAGGAACUCUCAAGGGAGCAAAGACACCUGCAGGACCUUGAAGAGGAUGCGGACCGCCGUGUGUCCAUGUUACAGGACCGCCUCGACUCCACCAUAAAUCGGUAUGAGGAGCAGCUAACGUUGCUACGAAGACAGAAAGCGAGGGUGGAGGACGACCUUGACCGGGAAAGACGAGCAGGCUCGUCUUUCCGCCAAGGUGAUAUUGUGAUAGAGGAGGGGGAGGAAGGUGUGAUAUAUGUCAACGACGAUAUGUCCCUUGCUGACACCGACAGCGGUAAUGAGAUGAAUUUUGGGAUCCCGGCAUCAGAGAAGUUCCUCAAUGAAGAGGCAGCCCGAACACGCCAGCUAGAGAGCAUCAUAGACUGCCAUAUACAGACACUGAAAUCUUCCUCUGACAUGGCCAUCAAGAAACACAAGAGAUAAUCCACGCCUGAGAAGGGGGUGGGGAAAAUCCCAGCAGGGAGAUGGAGAUAAGAGAUAAUCCAAGUCUGAACAAAGGAAAUAAACCCAGCAGGAAGAUGGGAUGAGGAUUAUACACUGCUAAAAACAGACACUGAACUCAUCAUCUAACAAGAUCAGAGGCGGGAGAGAGUGUUUGUUGUGGAAAAUAUGGCAUAUAGUUGAGAAACUCCUAGCAGGUUGUAGGGGCUUUUGGGGGUAGUUAUGGACAUUCUGUGAUAGUUGUGAAUAUAUGUGUACAUACAUACCUACAAUCAAGACUUUCAAGUGACUAGUUUACUGGUAACAUUGUAAUGUUACACUAAAUAUAUGAUGUUGUUCUCAUACAAUAUAUAUGUGACCUAUCCACGUAGUCCUUAAAGGGUCUGUCUCACAGAUUGGCACCAAAAAAAGUUUUUUUCUGUAACGAAUCUCAGGACAAUUAUCUAAUAGAAUGUGUUACGCUUUGAUAUCAUAAUUGUAAAAAAAGGUAUGAAAAUGUAAAAAAACAAAAUUGUGUCAGAGACCAGGUUCAAACCUGCGUCGCCAAAAUUAAACUCCAGUGUCUUACCUACUGAGCUUAUAAGGCUUACUCUGUUCAGGUGACAUAAUUAAGCUAUAAACCUACCUCGGUAAUAUCACCGACUAGCCAAUCAUGCAUAAGGAAUGAAUUCUACCUGGUAGACAUACCCAGUAACUUUUUUUUAAUGGAAAAAUACGAAAUAACUGCUGAACUUUGAUAAAUUGUAAACUAUGUGGUACUUCAGUAAGUAAUUUUCAAUGCAUUGUACACAUCAAUGCCAAGUUUAUGUCAUUUUUCGACAAUUUUC